UCGGAUGCAGACGCCAUCGCUCCAGUCAGCGGACUUCUGCCACAAUCGAGAAAACUGCGGAAACGCUUCGGGAGUGAAAAUAAAAUAUCAUUUCUUAAUCGGAAAUUGAAGAAUUCACGCAAUACGCAGGAAAUGGCAGCCACCAAUGAAGCUACAGAGCACGCCAGAGGAUGACCAUUGAGGGGCGAGUACAGGUGAAAAAUGGAAAAUAUAUGCACACGCCAGUAUACAUACAGGCGCCAAGGCAAAAAGUCACAGUGCUGCUUUUAGGUCACACAAAAGGCUCUCCUCCUCGCAUCGACAGCAAAAAGCAUCGACAGUAGCAGCAUCGACAGCUGCCCGAAGUUAUCCAAGGGGAAGAAGAACCAACAAAAAUCCACGUUUAAUGAACUGCAGCCGCAGUGACGAUUGAGAAGCAUUAAGAGGCAUCGGCAGUGGCAUUGCAAUGCCAUCCCGUCGCGCCGGCGGCGGCACAAUCAAGCGGAAGCACUCCUUGGGCAACCUGCGACGCGCACAUCCCGCCUCCGGGGCCACAUGGAAUGUGCAGGUGGUCCGUGGCAAAAUGUCCUCCAAGUGCUUGUGGCACGCCUGUCGGGCCCUGAUCCUGGGCCUCACGCUGAUGCUCCUGGGCGCCGGCAUGGCCACCCUGGGCUACUACGCGGAUCACCUGUCGAUGGGGUCGGAGCUGCGCGGCAAUGUGACGGUGCGCGUGAAGAACGACCUGAAGGGCUUCCACCUGAACAACUUUGCGUAUGUGGGGCCCAUUGUGAUGGGCUUUGGGGGCUUCAUUGUGGUGGCCUCCUGUGUGAUGACCUUCGAGGCGCGCGACUCGGCCGCCAAGGUGGUGCCGGCCCGUCUGCGUGCGGGCGGAGCAGGCAGCUGCAGCAAGAAUCCGACGCGGAGUAAUCAGGGCAGCUCGGCCUCGCAACGCCGAGGAAUGGGUGCCCAGUACCAGUCGACGCGUUGGGAUCAGCAUUUCGGGGUGUUCCGCUCAUCGCCGGGCGAUCCCCACCAGCAGCCACAGGCAGCCAUACUCUCUGCCAACCAGCAGCUGCUGCUACAGCAGCAACAGCAGCAGCAGCAGCAGCCCUUCGACAGGGAGGCCCUCACCGCAGAGUUGGUGAAAUUCUCCAAGUCCCUCAGUCGCCAAUCCACACGCUUUUCGCCGCAGUUGCGCCGCCUCACAUGCACUGGAUCGGUGCCCGAUCUGUCCACCAUCCAUGCCGCUGCCACCGCUCAUGCUCAUGCUCAUGAUCAUGCCCUGAAUCUCCUUGAAUACACCAACUCCAACGCCGCCACUAAUCACUCCAAUUUGCUCUCAAUGCACCACCACCACCACCAACUGAUGACGACGCCGCUGGACACGCUGCUGCUGCACCAUGGUGGCACAUGCUGCACGAAACGACAUCGGCGCCAUCGCCACUCGCACCAUCACCAUCACCACGACCACGACCGCGACCACAAUCAACGACACCACGCGAAACCCGGCUGCUCGUCGGCCAGCAGCAGCGUGAGGAGAGUGCGCCAGGGUGCGCGUGGAAAUUGGGCAGGACCUGGCCCUUUGGCGACCGCCAAUGUCGCUGCCAGCGCCUCCGCCUCCUGCUCGUCGACGCGCAUCAUUAGCAACUCCUCGAGCCUCAUCCAGCGGGCCACACGGGAGUGCGCCCUGCUGCAGCCGCCGGCAGCGGGUCGUGUGUACUGGCAGGCCUCCUCCUUUGAUGGCGGCAGUGGCCAUGCCCAUGGCCAUGCCCAUGCCAAUGCCAAUGCCCAUGCGGGUGCUGCCAUCUCCAGCGCCGAGAAGCGUAGCGAGCGGAACAAGCGCUCGGACACGGCCAAGCGGCAUGUCCUGGCCCGCCAGCGUCCCAUCGAGCAGGAGGAGGGACGCAGUCCCCUCGGAAACAGGCGCAAUUCGACCAUGUCGGAUUCCUCGUACAGUGGCCGCUGGACGGCGCGCUGUGCGUCGGUGGCCAGUCGCACCUCCAGCAUUGAGUCGAGGCGCGUUCAAGUCGAUCUGCACAGUCCGGAGGUGAUUCCCAAGUCGAUUUUGCGCUCACCAAAACGCUACAGCUCCGGACCCUCGGCCACGCCAUCAGUGGACAAGGAUUUUCGAAGCCAAUUGUCGGUGUGCUCGGAGCCACCGCCGCCUGUGCGUCAGCUGUCGGGGCAGUCGAGCAUGGAGCCCGCCCUGCCGGAGGAGAGUCUCGAGCAGGCCGAGGACAGGUCCUACGACGAGGUGUUGGCGCCGCAGCAUCACACGGGCAGCCUGCCACCGAAGAAGGUGCGCCCGGACUUUCUGCCACUCUCCCGCAGCGAGCAGCAGGGGAAUCAGCAUCAGAAUCAGAAUCAUAAUCAACAGAAGCCGAUGGCAGCUGCUGUGCCGCUGUUUCGCAGCAACAGCUCGCGACAGUUCAACAGGCCGAAGGCGGCGGUGGUUAGCGGGCGGGAGGACUCUGUGUUUCAUGCCCGCUCCAUGGAACGGGGACUGGCCAAGGGCAGUGCCAGUGCCGAUGAUCAGAUGUACGAUUCCCUCAAGGUGAUCAACGAGCGGCGCUCCACGCUGCUGAAGGCGGACUCGCAGAGUUCCCUGGGAUCGGCAGAGCGCAAGCUGAGCAGUUUCUCGUUGAAGAUGCCCGAGAUAACAGAGCGGGAGAACUCCAUAGAUGUGGAGGAGCCACCUGCCCCUGCCCCUGCCCCUGCCCCACCUGCAGAGGAUAUAGAGCUGGGCAAGAUUGAUCCCUAGGAUCGAGGAUGUAGCCCGCGGGAGUUGCAGUUGUAAAAUGUAAACAGCAGCCAUCGACAAUUACUUUAGAGCAUUGAUGUAUAUUUGUAUUGUAUUGUAUUGUAUUGUAUUGUAUGUGUGUGUGUGUAUCGUCUCGUUAGCUUGUACUUAGAUAAGUGUUAUAUCCCCCACCCCCCACACACGGACUGGUUCUGUAUAUCAACCCGAAUCCCAAUCCCCCGCCCUGCAUUCAGCAAGGAAUCAAAACGAUGUCUAUUAUAAAUGCUACUCCGUAGUCUUCCUAUUGUUAGAGCAUCGAGCUAUGUCGUUAUAACUAUUACUAUUACUUAUUUGGAUGUUAGUUUGCCACUCCAUCAACUACGGUGCGUUGUAUAGCCUGUAAAAUUCGUACAAUCAGCUUAUAGUAAAGACUGAUUAGGCAGAAAAACAAACAAACAGAAAAC